AUGCAAAAGCACCUGCAGGAAAGUGUGGGCUUAGCCCCCGAAACAUCUCAAUUGUAUUUAUCCAGUUUUCCGAUAGUCGAGGAGACUAUUGCACCAAGGCUCCGCAUGAAGAUCGAUGUACCCGCGCACUGGGAGCUUAAAGCUCAUUCAUUUUCGUCCAUGGAGUUUAAGCCUCCUGACGAAGCUCUUUCGAUGGGGCAUGAGCCUCUACCAAUUCCAGCGCUUCCAAUGUACAUGCCUCUUGAAAAUGGUCGUGUGCUUCGUCAGGGAGCUAAAGACGAGUGUGGAAUGGCUGUCUCGUUAUCUUGCGAAAAAGCAACUUGUAAUCAUAUUACGCCAAAAUCGACUGUUUUCGUUUCGUCAUUGCUGGAAAUGCUUCCACGGAAUAUCUUCUUGCGCCCACAAGCGAGUGUACGACAGUUUGUGAAAUUGAAUGGUCCACGUGAAACUGAAGCAGGCUACGCACUGCGACCUCGUCGCGUUUUUCGUACGCUUCCGACCACCUUUCUAGCUUGGCAGAACACGCAGCGUGGCUUCGGGUUCGCCGUGAGGUCACGGGGUGAGGAAGGAUUUUGCUUGUCCGAUGUAUGUGUCGAAUCUGCCGACAGAAAGCAAGUCGAACCAAUAUUUUCUUUUGGUGAUCCAAUAGUAGCAAUAGAUGAUGGAUCGGCUUUUCAAAAUGUGUGGAAUGUAGCACACCCAACAAUACCUCCGCUGGUAGAGCGGGCAGAAUCAGUACCUAGUUUGUCGGAUAGCGAGACCGAUGAGGAUAAUGACGACAAAUUGACUUCUGGCCUCCCCCUAUUGUCGUGGAAACACGCACUGGAGCUAUUUGAAGAUAAAAUCGAUGAUGAAGUAGCUGAGUUGUAUGAGGCUGGCGAAAUGCUGGGAAGAGAAAGAGGAGUCUACAGCUUUGAGCGCUAUCGCCAUUUGAUUCGGCAAGAACGCGCAUACAACAGUUACAGACAAGAGCUAGUAGAACGACUUCCCCAGCUUCUUAAAGUUAUUUCGACACAGAUUGGACACCUUGAUCACGCACUGCUUGUACACAAUAGUGAAGAGGAUCGAGAUAUUCCCAUAAAAAAUAAGUGA